CACUGCUUGUCGUUGUUGAAAACAGCUGUUUGUCCAACACAAAGUUGAUCAAAGUUAAUUUUUGCAAAAUAUUCUAGUAAUUAAUUUAUUGUGCGUUUACCAUGUGCCCAUCAGCGUAACACCGAACCAUAAUCGCAAUGCAUUUGCGACCGCGAUGCUGUGAAUGGCUGCCGCUUGCAACGCAGCAGUUGCGUCUCCGCAACCUGGCGCGCAUCCAAGGACUCAACAUUGAGUGCACCUUGGACGCCAACAUCAAUAUUAAUGCGAACAGCGGCAGUGGGGAGUGUGGAAUUGCGGAACAAGAAGAGUUGCUUUUAUACUACACAUUACAUGCAGAUAAGGCUAGUGAAGCGUUCUAUACGAGCGAGGCGCUGCCGCAGCGUCACCAGCAGCAAAAGUGGGCGGAAAUUUGUGCGGGCGACGAAACCUGGCGAAAAUCUAAUGCUCAAUGCGUGUGUGUUAAAGUCUGGGCGCAUUAUCAGCCGACUGCCCAGCGGACUCUUGAGCCAAAUGAGACUGAACAGAUAUCGGAGCCGCAACAAAGCGCGAAGCUGUCGCAGCGACUGGCCAAUGUGCAUUUGACACCCCACAAGCUGUCACGCCCUCCAGAGCUGCUCUUUAGCUGGGGUGUUUACUUUUCCGGCCUCAUACCUGUCGCACAGCUGGCGCUUGCCAAUUGUCGCAUUAACUGCUUGAUUUUUCAAUUGAAUGGCGAACUCUUUACCUCACCGGCGCUGAUCAGUGAACAGGGAUUGCAUGCCCAACUACAUCUGCAUUAUCAACGGUAUGCCGAGCUCGACAAUAAUAAACGGAAUGCCAGCGAUGCUGGCGGCAUCAAUUCGCCAAGUGUUAGUCGCAGUGGCAGUCCUGUUCUGCAGAUGAGCACCAUGCGCUAUGCCCAACUUAGCUGUCAACUGGCGGAUAUGCGUCGUAGCUAUAAUCUGGAGAGCCUGCUGCUGUUACAGCGUCGCCAACGCGAUCAGCGAAAGAAACUACGGGAUAUAGCGGAAAUCAGCAGCGAAAUUGCACGACUGAGUGUGCGCUGCAUUACGCGCAAUGAGCUGCGACUGAAGCCAAGAACAACGUCAAUCUCUGGAUCGCCGUACGGCAGUCUUCAUUCUCAGCAAUAUCAUUCCAUGGGGCGAACGCUUAGCGUGCUGCUGGCUGAGCAGCAAGAGAUUGCCCCACUGACAUUGUACAGUGCCCAGCAACUGAUGCAACAGAUUGAAGCAUUGCGCUGCAAAAAGCGACUACUCGAAACCGAGCGCGAGACAUUUAAAGAGCGCAACGCGCAAAAGCAAGAGCAUCUCCAGUUGUUGCGGGAAGAACGGGAUCGAGUGCAACGCCAAUUACACAACCAGUUACUCAAGCUGGAACAGCAACGUUUGGAAUUGCGCACAGAGGCGCCGAAGCAGAGUGCUGAUCACGAACAAAAACGACAAAUCACACUACAGGUGGAGCGUAGCAUGUCCACGUUGGUGCUCGAGCUUCAGGAGAUUUAUGACAUCAAAAGUAUGGGCUCGCAACAGUUUAGCAUUUGUGGUAUUGCCUUUCCCCACAUGGAACAAUACACGAGCGAAUCCAGGCAAGCGACAAAUGCCCAGUUGCUGGAGAACGUCUCGCCGCUGGCGGUGAGCGCAGCGCUGGGCUAUGUGGCACAUCUUGUACAGAUGCUAGCCUACAUUAUGGAUCGCCCGCUACGCAACCCCAUUUAUUAUGAACCAUCUCGUUCGCGUAUUGCCGAUGAAAUCAAGGAGCUGACCUACACAUCGAAAGAAUUCCCUUUGUAUUCGCGUUCAAUUUUGCCAUCGCAGCAAACCAAGUAUGCCAUUUAUUUGCUGCGUCAGAAUGUUUCGCAGCUGUGCUAUGACAUCACUGGCCACUGUGAUUUGCGAAACACAUUUAGCAAUUUACUAGAACUCUUUGAUACGCUGCGCUACAUUGAGCGCACGCAGCGCGAUGCAUCGAUGGAUCGUGAUAACCAAAUGUCCGUUAGCGGCAGACAUGUUAACGGUUUGGCUGUAGCGGCGGCAAACUCUCAGCUUUCUCAGUCGCACUCAUCGGUGGACAUGAAUCAUGUGCCACUGCCUACGACAGCAAAUACAGCCAAAGAUGCCUUGCUGCAGCAACUGCUGCCGCCGGGCGUGAGUCAGGCUCUGGCCAUCGAGGGUUAUGCGUCAACGCAACGAAUUUGUCGGUCUGUCGGUUCCUAUUCGGAUGGCGAAGAUGAGUUUCGGCCUAGGUUGGAACAAAACUAUUCCAACUCGGACUCGAACAUAACAUUGCAAACGGAACGCAGAUAGGACGAGCUGCGUAAACGGCGCCGCAAUAUAAUCACAUAAUUUACUUAUAUAUAAUACAAGUAUCUAUAUUUAUAUAAACUACAUAUACAUACAUAUGCCACUUUCCCAUUCUCCUACUUUCCCUUUCCUUUCUCAGCAAAAACAAAAACAGUGCGAUGUCUUCAUUUGACUCAUUGAAACGAGAAAAAUAUCGCUUAAAACGUAUUAACGUAUUAUGUACUUGAGGCACUUGUGUUUAUGUUUUACAUUAUAGACUGCUUCGAGAGGUAAAUGAACAAAACGAAACUAAUAAGGUUUAAUGUUUGCUUUCUGUUUAAUGAAGAUCUCGAUGUAAAUGCCCGUUCUUUGUUUGUAUGCUAACUUAUUAAGACAAAAUAUAUAUUCUAUUUUAUA